AUGGCGCGGCCUAGCCCCUUCCCCGCCCCGCACCCUGGCCCGGUGCACACACCUUACCUUGGCCCGGGCACCUGGCUCAUGCCACGCUGUCCGCCGGGCGUCUUCUCGUCAUGGGGAGCCCGGCAUGGGCGCUGGCGAAGCGGGGAGGCGGCCGAGGUGCUGGCCUGGCCGGCAGGGCCUUGCCGCGCCCCGCGCCCCGGCCUGGCCGGCCCCCUCGGCCGCGCCCAAGAGGAGCUCCCCGCCGAGGCUCGGCCUCCCGACCCCACGAGCGCCGCUGCGAUUGGUGGAAAGUUCCUGGGCCGCGCCGCGAUUGGCCGUGCCCGGCCCGCCGCCUCCCGCUCUUGGCCCCCACGGGGCUGCGGGGCAGAGAGUCUCCUGGCCACCGCCACCUGCGCCGGCUACUCGGAGGACCGCUGCGGCUGGAGCGGCAGCGGCCUGACCCAGGAGCCGGGCAGCGUGGGGCAGCUGUCCCUGGCCUGUUCGGAGGGCACGAUCCAGUGGCUGUACCCGGCCGGGGCGCUGCGCCUGACCCUGGCCAGCUCCGACUCCCGACUCCCGCAGGCGCUCCAGCCCGCCUGCCUGCGCCGGCCGCGGCCCUUUGCAGGCGCGCCAGUCUUCGCGGAGCCGCGGGCGGGCGGCGCCCUGGAGCUGUUGCUGGCCGGGGGUUUGGGCCCAGCGCGGGGCCGAUGCGUGCGCUGGGGUCCCCGUGAGCGCCGGGCCCUCUUCCUGCAGGCCGCCCCACACCCAGAUAUCAGCUGCUGCGUGGCCUCCUUCCGCUUUGAAAUGCACGAGGACAGGUAUCCAGAACUGCCUUCACAGGCCCACGGUCUUGGUGCUGAUGGUGCCUGCAGGCCCUACAGUGACCCUGAGCUCCUGCUGGCUGCGUGCACCAGCGACUUUGUGAUCACUGGAACCAUCCACAGGGUUGGCCACGACACAGAGCUGCAGGAGUCUGUUACCGUGGUGGCGGCUGCCCAUGUCCUCUGACAGACACUGCUGCUGUUCCGGGGGUGGGGGUGGGUGUCCGGGGGCUGCAUGCAGGCCUCCAUUCACACGCCGCUGCACUUCAGUGUCUGGACCGGCCCUGGCCCCUUCCUCUUCAUGGGCUGGAGCCACUUUGGUGAGGCCUGGCUAGGCUGUGCACGUCGCUUCCAGGAAUUCAUCUGUGCCUAUGUGGCUGCCCACACCAAUCACUUCUGCCCCGUGAGGUGGCCCUGGACUGAGGGGCCUGGGAGCAGGGCACUGAGGAGGGGCUGGUCGAGGGGGAGUAGGGAGGGUUUGCCUCCAGGUGGUACCAGCUGCUUCUUAGGUGAGAGUGAUAACCAAUAAGAACACUGAUUUCCUUAGCCAGCGUAGAUGGAGUGUCCCAUGCCUGAGCUGGCCCUUACCUCCUCUGAGCCCCCACAGCCCUGGGAACUGCUCUGAUUUCUGCUGCAGAGUAGGACACUGAGGCUCAGGGCAGUGGUGCCUUGUCUAAGGCCACCCAGCUAGUGAGUGGGAGAGUGGCCCAGGCCUAUGCCUUGGGGAGGAGCUGCUGCUUGGCCUGGAGGGAAGCAGGGAGCCUCCCCUCCAUGUGGGAGUGGGAGUGGAAAAGGGCUGUAACUCCCAAGGUCUGAGGUGGGUGUGGUCCCUUACUGGGGGGCAGGUAGGCAGACACCACUCCUAGCCUAUGAGGGAAGGGGGGUGCAAUCUGGCAGGGUGCUAGACUUCUCACUGUAGUCCACUGGGAGCCCAGCAGAGUCAUCCUGGCCCCAUCCCAGCCUCGGGGAAGAAUGGGCCCCUCUGUAUGGAGGGCCCUGCGGUGUGCAGAGCAUCCCUACAUGGCUGGAAGCCUCGGGGAGUGGGGUCUCCCCUGUAGGGCCAGGCAUGUUGCCCAUUUCUGGAGGGCAGGGGCAUACGAUGGGGUCUCUAAGGAACCUUCCCUGCUACUGGCCCUAUUGUUGCUGCCUCUGCUUUCCUCCUCAGCCUCAGCCACACAAAAGGCCAGUGCAGUUUGGGACAAAGCCCAGGGCCCUGAGGCUGAAUGCCCCUGGGGUGGGGGUGCAUGCAGGGGCUCCUAAACUGGGGACAAGCUGCCUCUGCUCACCCCAACCCCACAACUCCCAAGAGAGCCAAAGCUCAGGUUGUGGUGGGGAUAUGCAUGGGCUGAUGCGCUUAGGCCCAGAAGCAGCAUCCCAUCCUUACCUGCCAGUCUACACUAAGAAGGGGCUGACAGUGAGGAUGGAGGCCAGAGGCCGUGUCAUCUUUUAGGCAGGAACUGAGGCAGGGCCCCUUCCUCCAAAUUUGGCUGACAAUUAUGGGUAGGGGAGGUAGGCUCCUGUGGGUUUCUGCCCACCUGCCCCUGCUGAAGUUCACUGCUGCUCCCUUCCUCCUGAACUCCCAAAUAUGGGGUGCUCCGUGCUCAGGCACUAGACCUCUCCUCCUCACUGUUAAUAUUCUCUCACUGGAGAGCUGGACCAGCCUUGUGGCUUUAAAAACCAUCAGGAUGUUGAUGACCCUACAUUUUGAUCUCCAGCCUGGACCUCUUCCCUGGUCUGCAGACGGCUGUCUCCCCAACUGCCCCCUUCCCCUCACCAAAGAGUAUCUUAGCAAAGAGCAGAGGAGAUGAGUGUACACUCCUGAUCCCCCUCCUGUUGGGAGGUUUUUGCACUGUCCAGAUGGGCCCCAAGGACGGCUUCCUCUCAGGGGCUAAGCAGCAUCCUCACCCUUGGUGUCUGUCCUGACUUUAUGGUCAGCUCUCCACAGCCUUUCAUUGGAAGGAGAUGCCUAGCUUCACUAGGGUCACUGUGGACUGCCUCUCGGAGCACCUGUCUAAAAAAACAUGGGGCAGCUGCUCUGGGGUGGGCUCUUGGUUGGACAGUGGUCUCUACGCACCUGCCCCAGGAAGUGCCUGAGCCUCCCAUGCACACACCCUCCCCGGAGAAAGUGCUGACUUUGCAACCAGUACUCUGUUCAUAAAGUGCAGAAAGGGCAGUUGUGGGUAUGGCUAACAGGGCCAAAGGAGCCCCAAGGGUGCUCCAAGACAUGCCUCAAAGUCCUGGGCCAGGGGCUUCAUGCCUGCCCUGAGGGAAGGGGCCAAGGGGAAACGGUGCGGGUGAGCAUGUAUAUGCGGGCCAUGGGCUACGGGAACUGGCCUGUGGGGCACCUCUGGGCACGUGCACUCACACGGGUACACACCCAGCUGCCCAGUGCCCAAAGGCUGAGGAGCAGAUUGUGGGAUGUGAACAUGAGCGUUGCGGGGUGUGCACUGAGGAAUCGGGUUAGGUGCGUUCAUUCAGUCAACACGUUUUUAUUGAGUGUCUGUCAGGUGCUUCUCUAAAGCCGUGGCAAUAAUGCAAGGAACAGAAGACACAAGUGCAGGGUGCCAUGUAAGCACCCCCAGCUUAGAGCCCAGUAUACAACCUUUCUUUCUGGGGAGGGCCCCGUGACAGUCCCAAAGGAGACAGAAUGCUGUGAGCCAGGUUGGGCCAUCCCCCCUCCCCAGUGGUUUUGGGAGCAGGGCACUGGGGUUCCCUGCCUCCCGGGGACACCUGUCUUUCAGGACUGGUGGCAGCUGGGGCCAAGUACAGGCAGGGACGUGGGGCCGUCUGUACUUGGGGGUGGGGGCCGUGGUCCUGGGCAUGUUUAUAUUGUCUGACGCUGAGGCUCUUGACCAGGGCGGCGGAUAGGUCCAAGUCCCUACCAUUCACGAGACACCUGGCCUCAGGUGGGAUGAGGAGGAGGUCCUGGCUCAGGGCUCUGUUCCCCCAACUAGCUUCUCCCACUGCCAGGCUUUGCCAGGUCACCUCUCGAAUCUCAAAUGUUCGGACUUUUAGAGAAGGAAGGUGGUCUUCCCCUCCUGGGGCUCUUUCUCGCACCCCCGUGGCUGAGCCAGCUCCCCUCCUACCACACUCAAGAGUGUCCGCUCAAUCUCCUGGUCAACCCUGCCUCUCAGCAGAGCGCCCAACUUCCUCAGGCCCCGGCGCAGCCUCCAGUCCCUGCGCACUCGGACUGACUGCCUCAGCUGUGGGAGGGAGCCGCAAGGCAUCCACCCUGCACCUGCCCCUGGCUGGGCUGGCCUUCGGGGUGUCCUUUGGGCAGACACGCGCCUCCCCGGGACGGCCUCCCCACCCCCGGAAAGGUGCCUCCUUCCCCCCUGGGCUCCACGGCCGCCCCCCGGCUCCAGCCACGUCAAAGCGGCCGCCCGCGCAGGGCCCGCGGGAACCCCUGGGAGGGCUCCCCUUCCCUUGAGCCGCAGCACCCCGUUUCCCUGGAGCGUCUAGCUCUCUCUGAGGUCGACGGCUCUGUCGCGUCUCCCCGCGCGGGGACGUGUGGUUCACGGGUC